AUGUCGGACGAAGAAGACUCCCUGGAAGAGAAACUACGCAAAUUUCGCCUGUGGAAGGAAGCCUCAUCGGACGGUAGUGCAUCAUUCAACGUAAACGAAUUGGCUGGAACUAGCAGCACAAACAAUUACAGCCAGGAUAAACCAAACCAAAGCAUGUACAGAGAUUCCCAGGACAAACCUCCUUCGCACCUGAAGGGGCGGGAAUUGGGAAUGUAUUACCGCAAUAAGGCACGGCGGAAGCAGCAGCAAGGCUCACAAGAUGCCGACAGUAACGAUAGCCAGUGGCGCAACGAACGCCACAAAGGUUUGCAGCGUCGCAAAGCACAGGAGCGGUCCAGCUACGAAGCCAAUGAACCAGGCAGUUCGACCCGAUUCCGACGUUACCAGGACCAACGGGACAUAAAGCUCGAGGACGAAGCGGAAGAACCACCACCCGGUUUGCGCGGCAGAGAGCUGGGCCUGUUUUAUCGCGAUCGCCAAACGGCCAAAACAAGACAGCGUGAGAAACGCAAUGCGGUGGACAUUACACUGCCCCGCUGGCAGAUACAGGAGAUUCGUAACAAUUUGCAGAUAAAUAGAGGCUUCGAACAGAGUGACAUUUACCGAGAGUUUGUCGAGAACGACAGCAUCUUUUCGGUGUUCAAGAAUGAGUAUCUGCGUGUGAUCAGCAAAACGCUGCAAGAAACGCUGCGUGAAGAAAGUGCCAAAAUGGGUCGGAAUUCGCAUGCGGAAGCGUUUAGGUCAGGCGAUGAAUUGCAGGAUGAAAAAUGUCGAAUGGAUGGUAAUAGUCGUACGACGAAACCGUUGGAUAAAUUUCGGAUUACAUUACCAGCGUACCAGCAGCGCGGAACCAUCCUCGACAUGGUCGAACGUAAUCAGGUAAUUUUGAUUAAAGGUGACACGGGCUGUGGAAAAACUACCCAAGUGCCACAGUACAUCCUCGAGCAAGCCACAGCCCGUGGUCGUGCUGGCAGUUGCCGUAUUCUUUGCACCCAACCUCGCCGUAUAUCGGCCAUAACGCUCGCACGUCGUGUGGCGGACGAACGAAACGAAAAGCUGGGCCACUCCGUCGGCUACCAGAUAAGGUUGGAAGCGGUACGACCAACUACAACCGGUGGUAGCAUCCUGUUCUGCACUACGGGCAUUGUGCUGACGGUGAUGCAAUCGGAUCCACUGCUUCGUGAGUACUCCCAUCUCGUGCUGGACGAAAUUCACGAGCGAGACGUCAUUACGGAUCUACUGCUGGCCAUCAUACGCAUGGUACUUCCGUAUCGGAAAGACUUGCGCGUGAUUCUCAUGAGCGCCACGCUGACAGCGGAAACGUUCUCGCUGUACUUCGACAACUGUCCGAUGGUUGAAAUCAUCGGUAUUACCUACCCGGUGCGCGAAUACUAUCUGGAGGAUGUUUUAGCGGAUCUUAAAUAUUACACCUUCCAGGACAAAAUGGCAUCGGGGCGCAUGCGGAACAGAAAUCCGGACCACCAACGACAGGACGCCUUUAACACGAUGAUCCAACCGUACUGCGAAGAAAUCCGGCACCGCUUUCCAGCUCCCGUAAUUCGAGCGCUUCAAAAUCCCGGAAGCGAGAACAAUCAGAACUCGUUGAUUGUGGAGCUGCUGUACUACAUCACCUGUUCGAAACCGCACGGAGCUGUGUUGGUGUUCCUGCCCAGUUUGGCACAAAUAUCCGACAUUUACAAAAUGAUCCGUGACCAUCCCAUGCUUUCACAGGCAAGAUUGGCGGUGUUUCCAUUGCACUCGCAUCUACCCACGCGCGAUCAGGCGGCCGUGUUUGAACGUCCACCGGAUGGGGUGCGUAAAAUUAUUCUCUCGACCAACAUCGCCGAAACGUCCAUCACGAUCGACGACAUCGUGUACGUGGUGAAUGCCGGUCGGCACAAGCUAAACCGGUACGAAAACGGUGUGUCCACGUUGCGCGACGAAUGGAUCUCGAUUUCGAACGAAAUCCAACGGAAGGGACGUGCGGGUCGUGUGCAGGAAGGUGUCUGCUACCAUCUGUACAGCCGUGCCCGGAGGCGUAACUUUGAGGAGAACGUCCCACCGGAAAUUAUUCGCGUUGCGCUGGAUGAAGUGAUACUGCAGACGAAAAUACUGCAGCUUGGCGAAACGCGCGCUUUCAUGAAACAUCUGCUCGACCAACCGACCGAUGCGGUGAUCGAGGAAUCGCUCCAACUACUGAACCGGCUCGAUGCGAUCGACAAUAAUCAGAAGCUCACACCGCUCGGUUACCAUCUGGCACGCUUGCCGAUGGAUCCGCGGACCGGCAAAAUGGUGCUGCUUGCAAGCAUCUUUAGCUGCAUCGAUCCAAUUACAUCCAUUGCGGCCAGUCUUACGUUCAAGAACGCGUUCUACAAACCGCUCGGCAAGGAGAAGGAAGUGGAUCGCAUCAAGCGCAACUUUGCGCAAGAUUCCGCCAGCGAUCACAUUAUGCUCGCGAACGUGAUCGCCGAGUGGCGCAGCCAGUCGAAUAAGGGUGGGUUUUGUGGAAAGCAUUUCUUAAACGGCGCGACACUGCAACAGCUUGCCAACAUGAAGGGUCAGUUUUGUGAGUAUUUGUACGCGGCAAAGUUUGUGGCUGGAUCACACGCGCAAACCAGCCAGGAUAAUCUGCAUUCGGGCAAUGUAGAGCUGCUGCGAGCGAUCGUCGGUGCGGGUCUUUACCCGAAUGUGGCGUUCAUCCGUAGGGUGAUCCGGUCGCGCAACAGUCCGGAUGGCAGGGCGAUUCUUAACAUCGAGAACCAGGGCCGGGCGGAAAUCCAUCCCGGUUCAGUUAAUGGCAACAGAGGGGUCUUUCAUUCGAAUUUUGUCGUCUAUUAUGAUAUGCAGAAGCUGUCUGCACUAACCAUCUUCGACACAACGGUUGUGAACCCUUUCCCGUUGCUCUUCUUCGGAGACAAUCACGUGGAAACGGUAGACGGUCGUGAAAUGAUCUCAAUUGCCGGUCAUUACUGUCUCAAGUGUGAUAAAGAAACAUACGAGCUGAUACAGGAUCUACGUGCCGGGUUUAAUUUGUUCCUGCAGAAACAUAUCUGUAACCCGUCGCCGGUCGAUUGGAACUCCCGAGAAGGCGAGCUGUUAAGGUCCAUCAUUAAACUGAUCACAAUGGAUUGCAAGUACGAGGAUGGGUUCGACGAUGACGAUGCGGAGGGAUAG